GGACCAAGUUGUGAAAGGGAUGAAUCAGACUGGUCAAAAACCCUUGUUGUAAUCGUUUACACAGUCCUGGUAAACGAUUACGCGAGAGAAAAUCAUGUUUUGUCACAAAUAGAAAGGAGAAUUGUGUUGCUUUUACUUGUCAUUAUUGCAUCAGAGGAUAUAGGAAGGCAGAUAUUAACUUACGGGGAAAGAAAGCCACUAGAGCAGUUCUUAAAGGAAGUAGAUGCAAUCACUUUGAAUGAUAUCUCUAAAUUUUCUCAGAAGAUUAUCACCUCGCCUCUCACUAUGGCAUCCUAUGGGGAUGUUAUGAAUGUCCCAAGUUAUGAAUCGGUUAGCAGCAAGUUCCAUGCAAAAUGAAAGAUUUUGUAGUGCAUCAGGCCAUGGCACUCACACAUCAUCUAGUGCAACGGGUGUUGUAGUGGAAAAUGCAAGCUUUAUGGGACUAGCUAAAGGUUGGCAAGAAGUGGUGCUCCAUCAACUUGGUUAGCUGUGUACAAAAUUUGUUGGUCUACUGGGCGAUGCAGCUCUGUUGAUAUUGUUGCAGCUUUUGAUAAUGCAAUAUUUGAUGGGAAUUGUUAUUGAAACAAUUCUUUCACACUCAAUAUUAUAUUCACUGGUUCAAACAUUUAAUUCUUGAAACUUUUAUUGAUUACAUAAUCAUCUGGAUCUUAAAU